UGGAAUGGGAAUGGGAAUGCCAACACGAGGCUUUUACUGCUCCAUCCAUACAUCCAAAAGCAAACCCCCAGUCGGAUAUGGCUUCUGGCCGUUGUAUCCUUCUUCACGGUCGCCUUCCUCCUCACCCUUGUGUACACACGAGAUUCCAUCACCACCACCGUCACGGCCGCCGCCGCAAUAGACCCCCCGGCGUCCGACAGCGUCGUGAAGGCGCUCCUCCACUACGCCGCCAACUCCAACAGCUCCGACCACAUGUCCUACACCGACCUCAAGCCCAUCUCCGACGUCCUCCGGCAGUGCUCCUCGCCUUGCAACUUCCUCGUCUUCGGCCUCACCGCCGAGACCUUCCUCUGGAAAGCCCUCAACCACAACGGCCGCACCGUCUUCAUCGACGAGAACCGGUACUACGCGGCGUACAUGGAGGAGAAGAACCCGGAGAUCGAAGUCUACGACGUUCAGUACACCACGAAGAUCCGGGAGAUGAAGGAGCUGGUGGCGGCGGUGAAGGAGCAGGUCCGAAACGAGUGCCGGCCGGUACAGAAUCUCUUGUUCUCGGACUGUAAGCUGGGGCUGAACGACCUUCCGAACCAGUUGUACGAAGUGGAUUGGGAUGUGAUAUUGGUGGAUGGGCCGAGGGGGUACUGGCCUGAGGCGCCGGGAAGGAUGGCAGCUAUAUAUACGGCGGGGGUGCUGGCGAGGAGCAAGAAGUGGGGGAACGGGAAGACGCAUGUUUUCGUGCAUGAUUUCAAUCGGAAAGUGGAUAGGGUCUGCAGUGAAGAGUUCUUGUGCAAGGAGAACUUGGUGAUGAAGUCCAAGGACAUGCUUGGACACUUUGUUCUGGAGAGGAUGGAUGAGAAUAGCUUCCACUUCUGUCGUAAUCAUACUUCUUCUUUCUUUUCUUCUUCCUCCUGAUUCCUGAUCUGAAAAUUAUUUAUGGUGGACUUUGAUUGUGUAAAAUUCAUAAAUUUUCUUGUUGAAAUUUAGAUUCAGCAAUUGGCAACGAACUCCAAACAAACUUGUCUUCUGUCUUUUGGUUGUUAUAAGUUUGAUGUGA